AUGCUACCAUUCGAUCUUAAGAAAAGUGCUAAAACACAUGAAGCUCAGGAAAAAUCGGGUUAUAAUAAAUUACAAUGGGACAGGUUCUACAACAUAACUAAGGCCGAGAUUAAUGCACUAGUAAAGGCCAACCCAGAGGUUAGCUGGCCUUUAGUGCCAGGCAAUGAAUUGGCUGCGAUCUACACUCGUGUUAAUGCUCAACUACAAGCUGAGCAUAUUCCCGAAGUGCAAUACGACGUUUUUAGUUGGCGCAUGGUGCGCGCAAUCCAGUACCGAACAAGUGCUAGUGGAAAGAGCGGGGCGAAGACCACUAAUACGGCAGCCGCUGGCCUCGACAAGGAUGCCGGGCAGGAGUGA